AGGUCUGAGGAACUCCGGGCAGCGGCACAUCCGGCUGGACUCCGGGCAGCGGCACAUCCGGCUGGACUCCGGGCAGCGGCACAUCCGGCUGGACUCCGGGCAGCGGCACAUCCGGCUGGACUCCGGGCAGCGGCACAUCGGAUCACCAGGCGAAGCGGCAGGCACCGGGCCCCCAGGCGGGGCGGCAGGCACCGGGCCCCCAGGCGGGGCGGCAGGCACCGGGCCCCCAGGCGGGGCGAAAGGCAUCGGGCCCCCAGGCGGGGGCGACAGGCCUCGGGCCCCCAGGCGGAGUGGCAGGCGCCAGACCCCCAGGCGGAGCGACAGGUCUCG